AUGGUUGGAAAACGAUUCUUACAUGGCGACAAUGGCCAGCCGCCUCAGCCCCAACGCCGCGGCUCGCAACAAGAUCAAUUUGAAGAGCAUCCCCGCGAUUUGGAGACUGGUAAAUUCCCAUACAACGGCCAUGAGCUAGGCCCUAGUGCCCGGAGACGAACACCCCGAAUCUUCCAGUUUCAGCAGGCGGCUCGGACGGCGCUGGAAGAUGCCCGCCGGACGGAACUCAAGCACGCCCUCCUCCACGGCAUUGACAGAGACGGCCUCGAACAGUUCCGCAAGUCGGAUGACGACCUCAAGCUCAUAAAAAACAAGAAGGUGCGCCGCUUCUACGAGGCGCAGAAUGAGCGUCUCAACGACUGGCUUGAGGUGGAUGCGGUCGUCAUGGCCAUCGCCGACGAUGUCCUCGAGUCGAUGAACCCAGACCCAGAUCAUGACGGCGACCUGGAACGAACCGGCGGACUGCAGCGCGUGGAGGGGAAUAUCGGAGAGCUGCUUCCCGAGGAGGAGAAAUUGAAGAGGAGGAAGGCGAGUCAGCGAGCCAAGCUGGCAAUCAACGUCAAUGUUGUUGCAAAUAUCCUGCUACUUGUCGGCAAGACAUUUGCCGUAUUCACAACGGGUUCGUUGUCUCUCGUCGCGUCAGUUGUAGACUCGGCACUUGACCUUCUGUGCACACUCAUCGUGUGGUCGACAAACCGGCUGGUCCUGUGGCGGCUGAAUGCCUUGCGCAAGCGCUUCCCCGUUGGCAGGCGGCGGCUGGAGCCGCUGGGGAUCUUGGUCUUCUCCAUCAUCAUGGUCAUAUCCUUCAUGCAGAUCCUGCAGGAGUCGGUGGCGCGGCUCAUGCCUCCGCACCACAAGGCCGAGAUCCUGAGUUGGGCGGCCAUCGGCUCGCUGCUCGCGACGGUUGUGAUUAAAGGCACCAUUGGACUUGGGUGCCAUCCGAUCAAGACAACGCAGGUCCAAGCCUUGGUCCAGGAUUGCAAAACCGACGUCAUCUUCAACACACUCUCCCUGCUGUUCCCGCUAAUCGGCUACAAGGCGAACAUCUGGUGGCUCGACUCCGUCGGCGCCGGGCUCCUCUCGCUCUUCAUCAUCUUCGACUGGGGCCACACAUGUUUCAGUAAUGUGGUGCGCCUCUCAGGCGAGGCCGCCGACGACCACACACUGAAGAAGCUCAUCUAUCUCGCGUACCGAUUCGCGCCAAUCGUGACGGGGUUCAAGAACGUGACGGCGUACCAUGCGGGCGAUGGUGUCUGGGUCGAGUUUGACGUGCUGCUGGAUGAGAAGACGCCGCUGAAUCGCUCGCAUGACAUUGCAGAGACGCUGCAGUAUUGCGCGGAAGGGUUGGGCGAGGUGGAUCGGGCGUUUGUGACGACGGAUUAUGCUGUGUCGGGACCACUUGGCCAUGCUCUUGAUUCGGAAUGGAAUCAUUGA